AAGUCACUUCCUGUUUCCGCCCCCAAGGUGCGCCCCUCUUUUCCUUCCCGGAAGAACCUCCUCCCUCCUUCAGAGUUCCGGGCAGAACUGACUUAGGAAAGCCGAGGGAAAAGGCAGUCCAUUUCCUUCCAUUCUUUUGGCUCUUAUUGGAGAUGAAAUUGGAGGUCUCAGCCAGUUCUGGAGCUGGAAAGGAGCUGAAUGACAUGGAGGGUUGGAGCAAGGAGGAAUUCCCAGAAAGAACUGGACAGAACAACCUUGAUACGGAUUCUCUUGACCCGGAGGUCCAGUGCCAGGAUUUUCGGGAAUUCAGCUACCAGGAGGAUGAAGGGCCUCGAGUGGUUUGUAGUCAACUUCAUCGUCUCUGCCGUCAGUGGCUGAAGCCAGAAAAACACACCAAGGCUGAAAUCCUGGACCUGAUUGUCCUUGAACAGUUCUUGGCUGUCCUGCCACCAGUGAUGAAGAUCUGGGUUAGAGAGUGCAAGCCAGAAACCGCUUCCCAGGCCGUGUCGCUGGCGGAAGGUUUCCUCCUGAGCCAGAGAGUGGAUAAGGAGGAAGAAGAGGAGCUGGUGAGAGUUCAGGUCUAUCGUUUUUUUAUAAGUUGCCGAACCAAACAUUUCUGCUCUUGUAUUCUCUAAGGUUUUUAUGGCUGGGAUCCAAUCACAGUGACAGACCGUCUUCC